UUACUAGUUUGUAUAAUUAAUACUAUUUUUUUUUUUUUGAGAAAAAAAUAAUACUAUUAUUAAUUUAUUACUCCUCCACCCUUAUAAGACUUCUACUUGGCUAUUUGUUGUUUGCUCUAUGUGGUGCUUUUCUGAAUCCGUGAACUUGUCGUUUUAGUCUCAUCGACUUACUUUAUAUGUAGAUUCAUGCAUGUUCAUAAAGCUUAUUCCCAGUUAUAUAGACUAUUGUGUUUUGGUGAUCUUGCUUUUACAGGUAUUGAAGUGAUCUUCUUUGUGUAUAUAUAUUAUGUACUUAGGUGCAUGUUCUAAGUUACAAGUUGUUGUGCUACAAGUGAAUGGAACAAAAUGUUCCCAGCUGAGCCAUGGAGUGGUCGGAAAAUCUCAAGCCGGCUUCGAACUACCCACCCGAAAGCCGAACUGAGGGCUUUAGCUCACCAGGCCAGGGCUUCUUGCAAGGUCCCACUAACAUCAACCCUCGACCUCCCGUGUUUUUUGUACCAACUGGCGUUAGGCAUGUCUUGAAUUACUCUUUUCAGACCGGCGAGGAGUUUGCGCUUGGAUUCAUGCAAGAACGGGCCAGCAAUUCCCGCGAGCCUUCUCUUCUUCCGACCACUUCUGAAGAACAGAGUUAUGCCGAUCAGAGGACGGUGCCAAUAAGCCCUCACGUCGGUCUCAGAAGUGCUUCUGAUGCACCAGCGACGAAUGCAGUUUUAGAGACUGAGAAGAAAGGCCCUCCCUCGUUGCGGCGCUUUGCUUUAGGUGCUUCAUCCGAAGAUGUACGCAGCCCGGGAUUCGGUAAAAGGUACGAUGAUUCCCCUGUGUCUUCCGAAUUGCCGCCAACUAAGAUGAAGUUCCUCUGUAGCUUCGGCGGGAAAUUUUUACCCAGACCAGGUGAUGGAAAGCUUAGAUAUGUUGGAGGUUACAAUCAUGUCCUUCAGCUGAACAAAGACAUAUCAUGGCGCGAGCUCUUGCGGAGAACGCGGAAGUUGUGCAACAAAUUUCACGCAAUCAAAUACCAAUUGCCAGGGGAGAACAUUAAUUUGCUGAUCUCCGUGUCCUCCGACGAAGAUUUGCAUCUUAUGAUGGACGAGUGCAGAGUCUUAGAAGACGGUGAACACAAGCCCCGGAUAUUUCUUUUCUCUUCGGAGGACGGCGAUGUUGAUGAUGGCAGUGUGCAUUCUAAUGUAGGAAAAAUUGAUGCCGACGCUGAAAGGCAGUAUGUGAUUGCUGUAAAUGGCUUGGAUGGAUCAGGCGAUGCAUUCAAUAAGCGCGCGAGUGCUUCUGCGACUGAAAUGGAUCAGUUAAUGUUCGAGCUCGGCGAGGCUAAGAUGAGCAAAAGUGCUUCUAGUUCAGCUACUGUAUCUGCAAUGGAUUUGAUUACUCCGCUGAAGACACCAUCUAAACCUAUUCAAGUUAAACAGCAUAUUGGAGUAGCGGCUUAUUUGAAAAAUCAAGACAAUGAAGAGCAGUUCGAGGAGGAUGACAUGUACCUAUAUUCCGGGCAUCGCCACCAAGAUAUCUUCUUCAAUAAGGACAGCAAUAUUUUCUUUCCUUCGCCGGUGCCUACAGAAUCCACUACUUAUCCUAGUAAGCACAAACAAGGCAUUACAAAUUUCUCGAAGCCGCUCAACGAGCUAAAAACUCUACCUAGGAUAGUCGAUGGACUUCACGGUGAAAUGAGAAUUGCAGAUGGAGAAGUACCGAGGAAAGAAAUAAAAGCCAAAGAAGAUAGUGUAUCCGAGAAAAACGAUGAAGCGGCGUUAUCCUGGCACUUUACGGACAAGUUACCUGUGCCGACAAAGCAGCAUGAAGGUUCGCCUUCUGACAAUGUGCCGGCCGAACCAUCUAAUGCGGCUUCUCGGGUCUUUCAGACGGAGAGGAUCCUGAGGGAGCAAGUGGAGCCUCUCAUUCGGUUAGCAAAAUCGGAUGAUUUGAUUGGUUUUCAGCAACUUGGGCUUAAUGAAAACUACAUUAUGACUGAAGAAUCAACCACCGCUGGCAAAUCUGCUGAUCUUUCGCCUGGAGGGCACCUAAAUUCAAGUGAUAUGUUGUCUUCACCAGCUCAAGUGCCGGAGGAUGUGAUAUUGCAGAUUCCAAAGUCCAAAGAUUUUGGAGACGCCCAAUUGAAUCAGGGAGAACAAAUGUUUUCGCUGGAAGAAUCGGAAAGAUCACAUAAAUCUUUGCACAAGCUGAGAAGUCAUGGUUCUCAAGAAGAUGCGGCUAGUCAAGUCGAGAAGCGGAUAGACGGAGAGAGCUACCGAAACAGCUUUGGUUCUCAGAGGAAGAUUGAGAAAUCUGACAAAGAAAAUGGAGUUCAAACUACUGUCAGGAGUGUCGAACUAAAAUUUUCACCUGCAGGUGCCAAAAGUUGCAAUAGAAGUCAGGAAAGUCCGAGUUCUACGUCAUCACCGUCUACACCUUCGGGAAAUAGAACGGCUAAAAUGUGCGACAAAUUUUCACAGUGCGGUUCUCAAGAUCAAGGCUAUAGUCUAUUGAAAAUUAGCUUGACACGGUCGCUGGAAAAUGAUGGCAGUAGUUUGCUCGUUUUGAAUCGUUCGCACGAACUUAGGGAGGAUGUUAGGGAAGCUAACCAGGAGCAAGAGGAAUAUGAAGCUGAGAGAGUUGAAGAAAUCGGUUUGCCUGCAGUGGAUGCUAUUAGUCGAGAUCUGAAUAUAAGUAAUGUACAGAUUAUAAAGAAUGAUGAUCUCGAAGAUCUUCGAGAGGUAGGUGCCGGUACGUUCGGAACCGUCUAUCAUGGGAAAUGGAGGGGUACAGAUGUGGCCAUUAAGCGGAUAAAGAACAGCUGUUUUCUGUACCACUCAUCUCAGACAGAUAAGCUGAUCUUGGAAUUUUGGCGGGAAGCGGGCAUUCUCUCGAAGCUUCACCACCCAAAUGUCGUGGCCUUCUACGGAGUUGUGAAAGAUGGACCAGGCGGAAAAUUAGCUACUGUAACGGAAUUUAUGGUCAGCGGAUCCCUUAAGAAAGUUUUACUGCGCAGGGACAAGUAUCUCGAUCGCCGUAAGAGGCUAAUGCUUGCUAUGGAUGCUGCUAUUGGAAUGGAAUACUUGCAUUCCAAGAAUAUCGUCCAUUUUGAUUUGAAAUGCGAUAACUUGCUCGUGAACCUUAAAGAUUCCUCGCGUCCAAUUUGUAAGGUUGCUGAUUUUGGCUUGUCGAAGAUGAAGCAAACCACUAUGGUAUCCGGUGGUAUGAGGGGAACACUUCCCUGGAUGGCUCCGGAGUUGCUUACCAUCAACAGCAACAGGGUAUCUGACAAGGUUGAUGUGUACUCCUUCGGCGUCGUCAUGUGGGAAAUUCUCACUGGAGAGGAGCCGUACGGCGAUAUGCACUACGGAGCAGUCAUAGGGGGUAUAUUGAAUAACACAUUGAGGCCGAGCGUGCCGAGUUCGUGCGAUGUAGAAUGGAGGAAACUAAUGGAGCAGUGUUGGGCCGCGAACCCCGAUCAACGACCUUCGUUUACUCAGAUAGCGGCGCAGCUCCGUUCGAUGUUGGACGCUGUUCAAGCUUAGUGUUAACUCCACACUAUGCUAUCCGUGAAUGUGCGGCGCAGAUCCGUGUUUAAAGUUUGUACUGUUUGUUGUAUGCAGUAGUAGUAUUUGCUGUUAGAUCAGAGCUGAAUAUGCUUGUUGGAGGUUCUUUUCUCUCUCUUUUUCCCUCCUGUUUUUUUUUUUUUUUUAAUUUGCAUUAUUUUUUCUGCUUGUUGUUGUGAAUUUGUAAAUGUGAAAAAUGUGAUUAUGUAAAACUUGGUUUCCUGUAUAUGGUAUAAUUCCCAAAAAUGUUAGCCGAAA